AUUUUCUAUGUUGUUAUGGUUGUCCAUAAUUUUGUAUGAAAAAAUAUGCACAAUGAAAUCUUAUAUGAUUCAUAGGUAUGACCUACAUCAUGUUUUUGCACAUAUAUAGAUGAAGAUCAACAUAAAAUCAUAAUUUUUCCUUAGUACAAGGGCUUGGAUACUAUUUAGGUGAAAAUUCAAGAUCCAAAAGAUCCAAUUAUCAAGAUGAUUUGGGUUGUUCAUAUCAUACAUAUUCAAUUUCUUGCUGGUUUGACAUGCCUAAUCGAUUUACAUUAGAGCUUGCAACAGCUCCAGCUGGUUCCUCCGGCCAACCCACCUGCCCGGUUUCAUAUCUAUCAGCUUUAGGGUACUCCAUAAGCAGUUAAUAUUCUUGGUAUGGCAUUGGCUACACUAUACUAGACCUCACCUUUUUGUCAACCAAUCAACCAAUUGAUGGAGGUAGAAGCUUACAAAGAAAAUGAAGAAAGCAUGCCAGGCACUGAAGAGGAUUCACAAGUUUUAAAGCCGGUAUGCCAGGAUUCAGCUGGUGAGGGUCUGCCCUAUGGUCCUGCGAAUUGGCCGAAGCCUGGAGAUAAUUGGGGUUGGCGGGUGGGAAAGAGAAUUGCUCGAAGUGGGUUCUUUCUCGAUAGGUAUCUGUAUCUUCCCAAGCGUCUUUGCAAAAGUGAGGCGUCCGGUCGUAAGUUCGGUUUUGCUAGCAAGCUUUCAGUUGAACGCUAUAUUCGAGAAAAAUUUCCUGGGGUAGAUCUUGAUGCUUUUUUUGCAUCAUUCAGUUGGAAAAUCCCUUCACAAUCAUCAUCAUUGACAAAUGGUAAUGCACCAUGGAGCAAUGUACUUCUACCUUCUGAAGAGCAUACAGAUGACUUGGAUUCUAACUCUGAUACAGGAGGUUGUAAGGCUAGAAAUAAGAUGUGCAACAGUCUAGUAGAGCAAGUAGAAAAUUCUUCCGUAGCAGUCAUGCCUUGUGACAUCUGCUGCACUGAAUCUCGAUUUUGUCGUGAUUGCUGUUGUAUUUUGUGUUGUAAGACUGUAGAUUAUACCUAUGAAGGCUACAGUUUCAUCAAGUGUGAAGCAGCUGUGGGAGAGAGUUAUAUUUGUGGGCAUAUUGCACAUAUUGACUGUGCUGUACGAUGUUACAUGGCGGGGAAGGUAGGAGGAAGCAUUGGGUUGGAUGCCGAGUACUAUUGUCGACGUUGUGAUGCAAAGACAGAUUUGAUUCCACAUGUUACAAGGCUAUUGCAAACAUGUGAAUCAAUUAAUUCUCGAGAUGAUAUUGAUAGAAUUUUAAAAGUUGGUGUCUCCAUUUUGCAUGGAUCGCGGAAAACUAGUGCAAAGAGGUUGUUAAAUCGUAUUCAGUUGGCUAUUGGAAAGCUUGAACACGAGACUCAUAUUGAGGACAUCUGGAAGCUGGAAGACAAUUCAUCAGCUAAUUCUGAAGAUACCUCUAAUAAUGAAGAUGCUGCACUGGAUGUUGUUAACCAGCAAGACCCUCUGAAUAUUAUUCAAACAGACAUUCAGUCUUUUAAUUGGAAAACUGAAUCUCUCAAACUAGAAGAAGAGAUUGAUCAAGUUUUGCAGGCCUUGAGAAAGUCACAGGAGAUCGAAUAUGAAAUGGCCGAGGAGAGGCUUUAUACUCAGAAGAAUUGUCUAUCUAAUUUGUUCCAGCAACUUGAGAUUGAGAGGUCUGCAUUGACACGUCAUGUAUCAUCAACUGACGAGGAUGACUUGCUCACUGCUGUCUUCAACCGAGUGAAUCAGAUAAAACGAGAACUCAUAAAACUCAAGGAAAUGGAAAAGGUAGCAAGUGGAUUUGGAAGAACUGAUAGAGGCAUUUUGGAGGAACACUAUGGUUUGGAAAUUGAGGGGUGAAGUGUUGUGAAUCCUAUAUAUGCAAUUUCGCGGGUUGGAUGGUUAUCAAAUUUUGGCCCAGAACUGUCUCAAAAUUUUAUUUUUCAAAAUAUCCAAGCUCUUAGGUUUCCGAUACCUUCACGGUUAAGGGCUAUGAGUUGUGAAUCUUAAUGGUGAACAAAACCAAAGAGUGAAAAUCUGGUGAAGAGCUGUGGAUUGCAUGGCAUGAUGUGUUUUCUUCUUUUGAACUAGGCGAAUGGGGUACGGUACUACUUACUAAUAUGUUGAGGCUGUGGAUUUUGAGUACUUUGAAAGAAUUAAACCCGAGGGUUAAGAAAAUGCUUGGACAGGUUACCAGGACUUUGUCGAGUGUGGAUGAGCAUGGCUCAUCAAUUUUGUCUCCCUACUGCUAUGUGAGUAAGUCCUCUGCAAUUUUCAAUCCAGAGGUAACAGUGGAGAACGUUUUGUUUUGUGGUGUUGUAUUGUUCAAAAAUUAUGGACGACAUUAUUUCAAAUUUUUGUGUCACUUCCCAUUUGUUGAGUAGUCAUCUCAAUUUGAAGCCUCACUUAUAUUUCUAA